AUGGCUCCAGCGCGACAACAGCCGCCUCCGCCAUUCAGCAAGGACGAAAAAGUCCUGUGCUUCCACAUGGACAUGCUUUAUGAGGCCAAGAUUAUGGAUGUGCAGCCUGCGGAGAAGCCCAAUGAAGGAUAUCGGUACAAGGUUCACUACAAAGGGUGGAAAAACACGUGGGACGACUGGGUGCUGGUGGACCGCAUCCGCCCCUUUGACGACGAGCACAAGGAGCUGGCGGCGCAGCUUCACGCGCAGCUCAAGACUAGCAUGCAGAAGACGGCAAAGGUGCCCAAGAAGGUCGUCAAGAGUGGCGGCGAGUCGGCCCGCGGCAGCGAGGAGCGAAGUUCGGCCGUGACCCAGGGAGGUCGGGGCGGUCGAAGAGGCAAGGACUGGGAUCUUGAGCAGCGCCCAAAGUUUAGUGGUCUUGUUUUCCUCGUCGUCCUAUUCCUUUCUUCCUACAGACGGCUUCUCUCCUUACUUCGACAUCCUUCUUCUCAAUCAUCAACAUUCUCAUUAUUCACUACUUGCGUUUUUGCGACGCCCUUGUACAACACUUCUUUCUCGCUCGAAUUCUCCAUGAACACCAACCGCCUCCCCUCCGAGCAGACUCUUGCAUCCAACUCUCAAGGGCGUAUGGAGGACUCUCUUCCUCUUCCUUCUGCCGAGCCUGGCUUUCCACCACGGGCUCGUGCCGGGAGCCCAUCACCGGCUCCCGAAGGGCAAUCCGAUCCGGCUUCGCAGCCCAAGAAGAUCCGGAUUAAGCUCAUCGUCAACAAGGAGGCCCGGAUCAAGCCUGUUAACAAAAGGAGGCCCCGGCAAAAGACCAUUUCCAAGAGGAAGCCUCCAGUCAAGAAGCCUCCGGUCGAGAAGCCUCUGGUCGACGAAAAGCCUUUGGCUUCGCAGCGCAAGAAGAUUCGGAUUAACCUCAUUGUCAAGAAGGAGCCUCUGCCCGAGGAGCCCUUGGUCGACGAGAAGUCUUUGGUCGACGAGAAGCCUUUACCUGAGGAGCCUCUGGCCCAGAUUAGCGGCAACAAGCCCCCAACCAAGAUCAAGCUCAAGCUCAAUCCCACCCGCAAGCCAAUGAUCAACAUAUCCGUUCCUGAUCAUGUGCAGGCCAUGCUAGUUGAUGAUUGGGAGAACAUUACCAAGAAUAACCAGCUUGUUCCUCUGCCUCAUCCCAAGCCUGUGUCCAAAAUCUUUGAGGAUUAUCUUGCUGUUGAGCGGCCACGCAGAGAAGAGGGUUCUUCGAGUAUGGACAUUUUGGAGGAGGUAAUUGCCGGCUUCAGGGAAUAUUUCGAGAAGGCUCUUAGCAGAAUACUUCUCUACAGAUUUGAACGCCACCAGUACAUGGAUGUGCGGAAACUUUGGGAUAACGCGGAGGAGAACUCACAGUACAAGAAUGUCUGCGAUGUAUACGGGGCCGAGCAUCUUGCCCGCUUAAUCGUCUCCUUACCUGAACUCCUCGCACAGACGAAUAUGGACCAGCAAUCAGUGUCACGCCUCAGAGAAGAGAUUGGAAAGUUCACCUCUUGGCUAGGGCGCAACUGUGAAACCUACUUUGUUAACGAGUACGAGACUCCAUCCCAAGAGUACAUUGACAAAGCGCGGAGCUUUUAG